AUGAAUGAAAGCAGUGAAAAGCUCAACAGUUCUCUCAUUCUUCCUUUCAGUAAGGACUAUGAGUUCUGUUCAAAUGGCGUUUAUUUCUAUUGUGGAAAGAUGGGGUCAGGAAAGACAUUUAACCUCAUUCGUCAUAUUCUUAUAACAGAACGUUUAGGAAAUGACUCAUAUUAUGACCAAAUCAUUAUAUCAGCAACUUCAGACUCUAUGGACUCAACAGCGAAAACAUUUAUGUCAAAAGUUCAAGCCUCUGUCGUUAAAGUUCCAGACAGUGAACUCAUUGAAUUUCUUCAAAGUUACAUUCGACGUAAGAGGAAAUAUUAUGCCAUCGUUGAAUUUAUACAGUCAGGAAUGCAAAAGACUUCUGAGGAGAUGGAA